AAUGGAGUGGCAAUUGAAGUAAAUAGGUGGGAAUGAUGAUGUACUGGAAAAGCAGCCCCGAAGUGGCUCCCAAUUGCCCCCGAUGCGCCUCCGCCAACACCAAAUUCUGUUACUACAACAAUUACAGCCUCUCCCAGCCCCGCUACUUCUGCAAAGCUUGCCGGAGGUACUGGACCAAGGGCGGCUCCCUCCGCAACGUCCCCGUCGGCGGCGGAUGCCGCAAGACCCGACGUCCUAAAUCCUCCGCCCCCAGGGAAGACGACGACCCGCCGCGCCGUUCCUUCAAUUCCUCGAUUUCCCCUGCAUCGGCGGCCGGUGACGUCCGUCAAUUUCCCGGCGAGUCAGCUCCGGAUCGAUCUCCUCCUCCGGUGUAUAUGGAGGAGGUGCAAGCGGAGGGAUUCAUCAACGGCGGCGGAGAUCGCCGUCUUGUCGAUCGGAAUUCGACAGAUGAGUUGGAAGCUCUUCUGCCAGGUGGGGAGGAGGAGGAUGGCGGUCAGUGGUCGAUUCCGGCGGGGUGGCAACAGCCGAUGGUGGUGCAGGAAGCGCAAGAUUUCGGGACGUUCGCCGGCGUUGACGAUUAUUGGACGGCGAGUGGUUCCACGACCACGAGUCUGGCGGAGACAACGGCGGCGGGCAACGUCUUCGAUGAUGUGUGGCGGUCGUUUGAUUUGUGCGGUUAUGAAACUUUACCCGGGCAUUAUUAUUGAAGUCAAUCCGAAUUUGUCACGGUCCAAAAAAUAGGCAAGUAAUACCGGAACAUGUACGGCAUAUUGUUAAUAAAAAAUUGUUUACAUU